CACAACACACAAAUCGACCAUCCCUAAACCAAUUCGAGUUCCCCCAAUUUGACAGCCAAAAUUUAGUUGAUUUCAUCUGAAAAAGCAGAUUAACUGGGAAGUACUACCUAAAAUGUCGCAACGAUAAGAUCUAAAUCAGCACCUGUCCGCCCAAAAGGGAAAGCAAGCAGCGGAUAUCGCCCAAAAGCGUUUGGCAACAGCCUGCGAAGCCAGUGAAUCACUAGAAGAUAAAGACAUUGGAUUGGCCAGUGGAGCGCCCGCUGGAGGAGCACCCACAAUUGCAGCCCCAUCGAUCGCCCCCAAUUCGCUCCAGCUCCAGGUCGAGGUGACACCAACGCCCCGAGACACACGCGCCCUUGCUGAAGUGGUGGCCCACAUAAAUAGAAUGGGCAACGACGAUCAUCGACGGCGAAAGACACCCUGCGGAUUUUGCAUGGCAGUCUUCAAAUGGAUACCAGUGCUAUUUAUCACCGCGGUAAUAGCUUGGUCCUAUUACGCUUAUGUGGUCGAGCUAUGCAUCCGCAACUCGCAAAACCGCAUUAGUAUGAUCUUCAUGCUUCUGUUCUACCACCUUUUCCUCACCCUGUUCAUGUGGUCGUACUGGCGCACCAUAAUGACCUCCGUAGGCCGAAUACCGGACCAGUGGCGGAUACCGGAUGAGGAAGUAUCGCGACUUUUCCGUGCCGACAGCCCGGACACCCAGAAACGCAUUCUCAACAACUUUGCGCGCGAUUUGCCAGUAACGAAUCGCACAAUGAAUGGUUCGGUGCGGUUCUGCGAGAAGUGUAAGAUCAUCAAGCCAGACCGAGCUCACCACUGUAGUGUGUGCAGUUGCUGCGUACUGAAGAUGGAUCACCACUGCCCCUGGGUAAACAACUGCGUAAACUUUUACAACUACAAGUACUUCGUGUUGUUCCUGGGCUACGCGCUCGUCUACUGCCUGUAUGUGGCGUUCACCUCGCUGCACGACUUUGUCGAGUUCUGGAAGGUAGGUGCAUACGAUAAUAAUGGUUACUCGGCACAGGGACAACUAAAUGCCAGCGGAAUGGGGCGUUUUCACAUCUUGUUCCUGUUCUUUAUUGCUAUUAUGUUUGCCAUUAGUUUGGUGAGUUUGUUUGGCUACCACAUCUACCUUGUGCUGGUAAAUCGCACGACAUUGGAGUCGUUCAGGGCUCCCAUCUUCCGCGUUGGCGGCCCCGACAAGAAUGGCUACAACUUGGGCCGCUAUGCCAAUUUCUGCGAGGUAUUUGGCGACGACUGGCAAUACUGGUUCCUGCCCGUGUUUUCCAGUCGCGGUGAUGGUUACAGCUAUCCGACAUCCAGCGACCAGAGUCGAGUGUCCACCACCUCUCCAGUCCAGCGGUACGAUGCAAUGGGAGAUACGGCCGCAAGCAGCUUUGGCGAUGGCAAAACGUUUCCGAUCCGUCAUAUGGAGGAGGACACGGAAUCUUUGCUAGGAUAUCACAGCGAUACGCGCAUCGAGUUAGAGGAGGACUUUCUGCCAGAGCCGCGAUUCCAAGACUCGAUUCCAUAGCUAAUAAUGACCAGCGACAAUGUAGCUACAUAUUACAUUUAGAGAUUCAGUUGUUAAGCCUCCUUACGACAUAUACUUUCAGUGUGUAAAUAACAGAGGUACUGACAGUCCAUCCUAUAGGGACACCUAGGUUAUUAUGUUUAAGUUACCAAUGAGUCGAUGGAGAAUUAUAAUGUAUAUGUAUGUAAGUGAUACUGCGCAGACUGGUGGGAGAUCGAUAUCUAAAUUUUUGCUUUGACAUUCGCGUUUAAAAUUUAAAAUCGUAUUAAUUUAGUGUGUAAGAAUAAAGUUAUUAGAACAUUUCGAACAAAAGUAUAUGUCUGUAUAGGAAUAUAGCUCGUUAUACGUCAACAAAAAAAGAAUAGUUUCAACGCUUAGUGGAAUAACAAAAAAAAUCAAAAACGAAACUUUAAGCAACACAUACAGAUCUGUAUAUUUACAAAAAUAAAAUUCAAACUAUUCCAAUUAA